AUGCUACAAGAAUGCCAUCGAAGAAAUAUUUUAUGCGAUGGUCAUGAGAGUACUUCAUACAGCUCUUCAGAAGAAGACUUAACCUUUUCUCCUAAGAGGAAUGUUGCUGUUUUGGAAGUGUCUGCAUUCUACAAACUGGCUCAAGACUGCAGUGUUCCGGAGAUUGAGUUCAGCGUGGGAGCCAGUACAGAGGGACUUCCUAUCUGCAUACAAAGUGCAGUUGCCAAUUUAGAAGAACUGGAUGUUGAAAAAAACCCAUAUAUACAUGUCAAAUCAGGAAUAUGGCUUGCUUAUUCAGAUUUAAAUUACAAGGGAGAGAUGAAGAUUUUGGAAGAAUGCAGUGAACCAUCUGAAAUUCCUUCAGCAGAUGUAAGAUCUGUGCGUCCCUUAAAAAUGGGUGGAUUAAAGGUCCAAAUGCCUAUGAAUGUCAAGAUAAUAAUAUAUGAGAAAACACACUUUGGAGGGUGGUCCAAAGAGUUUUCGGAAAAUAUUAAUUCUGUCCUGGCUCUGUUUGAUGAUGAAGAGGAUUUUCAGGCCAUUGGAUCAAUACGUGUCAUUGGUGGCAUAUGGGUUGCCUAUGACAAAGAACGUUACAAAGGCCAUCAGUACUUGCUCGAGGAGGGAGAUUAUGAGGACACACACACAUGGGGAGGAACUGGCAGUGUUCUCCUGUCUUUCCGAUUCCUUCAGGCUGAUUUCAUAGAGUCGUCAGUGGCACUUUUUCAAUCCGAUGAUGAAGACGGGAAAGCACUGGACAUCAUCAAUGAAGAAAUUCCUGAUUUGGAACAGACUGGAUUUGGCCCAGAAACAGGGUCGAUUCUUGUGAAAAGUGGAGUGUGGGUUGCUUAUCAGCAGAAACAUUUCUGUGGAGAACAGUAUGUAUUGGAGAAAGGAAAAUAUAAGUGUUUCUUUGACUGGGGAGGAUCCAGUAAAAUCAUUAUGUCGAUUCGACCUAUUAAGUUGGAACCACUUGGAACGAAUGAGCCUCCACAUUUGCUCAAAGCUUUCAGUAAUACACAUUUCCAAGGAGCAUGUAUAGAUUUCACAGCAGAAGUUUCUGAUUUCACAUCAUUCAUACCAUGUUCUUUUAAGGUUCUUCGGGGUUGUUGGCUCCUGUAUUACCAAGGGGAAAUUGAUGACAAUCAUUGUGUGCUGGAAGAAGGCCUCUACAUUGAUCUCCCUUCCUGUGGCUGCCCAACUGCUGCAGUCAAAUCCCUCAAGCCUAUUGAAUACGUUUUCGCUGAGCCCUCCCUCAGUCUGUUUGCACUGGAGUGCUGCAAGGGCAGAGAGCUGCACUUCAGUGAGCCUGUCAACUCCGUUCUGAAUGAAGACCUUCAUUUUUACACUCAGUCUGUAUGGGUGAGAAGUGGAUUGUGGAUUGCAUACGAAGGAUGUAAUUUUUUAGGAAAGCAGAUUCUGUUGGAGCCCGGUGAGAUUUCCAACUGGAAUGAGUACAGUGGCUGGAAAGUAAUUGGCUCCCUUCGUCCGGUGAAGCAGCCAGCAGUGUACCUCCGAAUCAGAAACCGAGCCCAAGGCAAAUACCUGACAGUAGCUGGAAGUCUGGCAGAUGUAAGAGCAACAUCAGUGUGUGUGUCUCCAUACAGCGGCAAGGAUACCCAGAUCUGGCACUACUGUCGUGGGCUCUUCAAAUCCAAGGUUAACGAUGCCUGCCUGGAUGUCAUUGGUGGCAGAGAUGUGCCAGGGGCCAAAGUCGCACUCUGGGUAGAACAUGGGAAAGAGAGGCAGAAGUGGAGACUCAAUGAGGAUGGAACCAUCAGUUCAUACCUCAGUGACCAACUGGUGCUUGAUAUUAAAGGUAUUUAA